CUAUGUGCCUGUGGAAAUCUGGUCAGAAGGACAGGUACACAGCCCCUGUCUGUGGAUGAGGAUGCCUGCCCACUGGGCCUGCUGCCCAUAGUGUGGCCAGUUCACCACGAGACACUUGGCAUCACCGACAAACAGGAAACAGGGCUCGGUGCAGUAGGUGGAUGGGUACCUGCUAGGGGAGCCCAGUAGGUAGGGCGGCAGGGGCAGAGCAGCUGGUGGGGCCUCUGAGAAGACUCGCAGUCACAGAGCAGUGCCUGCCCCUGAGCUGGGACCUCACUUUUGGGCAUGUGCCUGCCCAGGGAAGCUGCUGCAUGGUAUGUGGGGUGUGAGCAAGAGUGACAGUGGGAAAGGGCCAGCAACCCAAAUGCUGGAGACCUGAGGAGGCUGUGUGUACGUUUCCUGGGGGAGUGCAGCUUGUGAAGGCCACGCACCACUGCAGGUAGACUUAGGAAUCAUGCUGGGUGACAGAGGACCGAACCUGCCUAAUAACAACACUGUUUUGAAGCUUGAAAAUGAAACCACAUAUCUUCAAGGGCAACCGGGGAUGGCCUCACUGCACGCGGUGCUGAGAUGGUGAGGCCCCACCCUAUUCACUGGCUGCCCCAACCUUUCUUGAAGGAGGCCAUCAGGAUGGCUCUGCCUCUUCCCCCUGCCUCCGGCCCCCUGGAAGGCUAUAGGGACCCAGUGUGCUGGCUCCUCCUGCAGCACGGAUGGGCCACCUCUCCUCUCCACGGGCUGUCUCUGAUGGGACUGCCAGACAUUUCCAGGCACCAGCUGGGAAUUGUAUGGUGAAAAAAGCAAGCAUGAAGUUGGCAAGCUUGUUUUGUUUUCUGCUUAUCAUUUUUCAAAUUGACUUUGGACAAAAUGAAGACACUCCCAGGAAGCAGAGGAAGAUGCAUCACCACAGAUGGCAGAGAGGCUCUACGCCCAGCCAUAGUCCCAGCAGACAGCUUGGACUUCGGCAGUCAGGGACAGCCACACCAAUAGCAGCACAGCCCGUGGUGACUGUGGGUCACAGUGUGGAGGAAAAGUUUGAAUCCUUGUUGAGUGUUCUUGGAGUAGAAUCAAGCUAUAAUGUGCUACCAGGGAGAAAGGGGCACUGUGUGGUAAAUGGGAUGGCCAUGCACAACACAGCCGUGUGGUCCCCUGGGCCCUGCACUACCUGCCUCUGCUAUGGUGGAAGAGUGCUCUGCGAUGAGGCCGUGUGCCCCUCACGGGCAUGCCCCCAAACACGCAUACCUGAUGGAGAAUGCUGCCCAGUCUGCUUUGACUCAGAACCAAGAGAACCAUCCAGUGUGCAGCAUGCACCACCGCCACCCCUUCAGGAGGAGAGGGACCACACGGGCAGCAAAGAGGGGCUUGGACUGCAGGAGGAGGAAACCAGAGAGGACGCAGAUGGGGGCAGCCUUCCUGACACAAGGCGGUACAGACAAGGUGGGCAGCAGAGCCCUGGAGAGGAGGGGAGGCAUGCCGGCCGACACAGAGGUCCAGCCAGGGAGCAGGUCAAGGGCGAGGAGCAGGACGACGAGGACGACGAGGACGAGGAUGAGGAGCGGACUGUUAGAGGGAACACGUUCCUGCCACCCUCGUGGCACCCAGGCCCUGCCCUGCCCCAAGCCAUGCCCCGUCUACCCAGCAGCUGCUCCCUGUCUUAUAGGACCAUCAGCUGCAUCAGUGCCCACCUCACACACAUCCCGCCACUCAUGGCACCACAGAUUACAAGUCUGGAGCUCAUUGGCAAUCCCAUCACCUCUGUUCCAGAUGAAGCAUUUAAUGGGUUGCCGAAUUUGGAAAGGCUUGAUCUCAGCAAAAAUAACAUCACCUCUGCAGGCAUGGGUCCAAAAGCUUUCAAGCUUCUGAACAAGUUAAUGCGCCUGAACUUGGAUGGGAACAAGUUGGUAGAGAUUCCUUCCAAACUGCCAUCAACGUUAGAGGAACUGAAAAUCAAUGAGAACAACCUUCAGGCUAUCGAUGAAGAACGCUUGUCAGACUUAAAUCAAUUGGUCACCUUAGAACUGGAAGGAAACAGCCUGAGUGAGGCCAAUGUCAAUCCUUUAGCUUUCAAACCUUUAAAGAGCCUAGCCUACCUGCGUCUGGGAAGAAAUAAAUUUAGAAUUAUACCACAGGGUCUUCCUGCUUCAACUGAGGAAUUAUACCUAGAAAAUAACAACAUUGAAGAAAUAACUGAAAUCUGUUUCAACCAUACCAGAAAGAUCAGUAUCAUUGUACUACGCUAUAAUAAAAUUGAAGAAAACAGGAUUGCUCCUUUAGCCUGGAUCAAUCAAGAAAACCUGGAGUCGAUUGACCUCUCCUACAACAGGCUCUACCACGUCCCCUCCUACCUGCCCAAGUCCCUACUGCACCUGGUGCUCCUGGGGAAUCAGAUCGAGCGCAUCCCUGGCUACGUGUUCGGCCACAUGGAGCCAGGCCUGGAGUACCUCUACCUGUCCUUCAACAAGCUCUCGGAUGAUGGCAUGGACCGCGUCUCCUUCUAUGGGGUAUACCAUUCUCUCAGAGAGCUGUUUCUGGACCACAAUGACUUAAAAUCCAUACCCCCUGGGGUACCGGACAUGAAAGCACUACAUUUUCUGAGGCUGAACAACAACAAGAUACGGAACAUCCUUCCAGAACAAAUUUGCAGUGCUGAAGAUGGUGAUUCAACCCUGGGACAUCUUCAUCUUGAAAACAAUUACAUUAAAACAAGAGAAAUAUCAUCCUAUGCAUUUUCAUGCAUAAGAUCAUAUUCAAGCAUAGUUCUUAAACCACAAAAUAUCAAGUAAUCCAAAUCCCCCUUCAUCUUUUAUAAUUGUACUCAUGAGUCUGUGGUACAGCAUUUGUUAUCAGUAAGGGACACAACCUGACUCGCCGUCCAGAUGAACAGCCCAAAUCAAUAAGUGGCUUUCCAACAGCUGCAGAGUUUCAGCCUCACACUCCAGAAAGAAGCCACUGCGAAGUCCCUUGUGAAAGGCUCUGCACUGAUGUCUAGACUAGGGGCUCCCUAUGUCCCUGUAAAAGUUAUGUGUGUUAGGGUUCAAAGCCAAGAAGUGUACAGCAGGAAAAAAAAAACACCAGGUAGAAUUUAUGUAUUAGUGUUAUUAUCCUACUGUUAAAAUAAUAUUAAUUUUCUGUAAGACACUAUGCCUCAAUUAUUGGCAUAAAUACACCUAAUUACCAGCCUAAAUUUAGUUCCUUCUAUUAAUUACAUUGUAAAAUUAAAACACUAUUGUAAUGUUAGUUUCCUGGUUCAGAACUGUACUAUGUUUAUGCAUGUGGGUUAUUAGCAUUAGGGGGAGCUGGAGGAUAAUAUCUGAAUUCUAUACUACUUCUGAAACUUUUCUGUAAGUCUAAACUUUCUGCACAAAACAGUAAAACAGUAUUUUACUAUCACCCUCAUUAUUCUUUAAACAAGAUCAAAAGACUUUACGGAAAGUAGUGGAGCUUGCUUACAAUAUUGGGUAACUAUCUUUGACUAUAACCUUGUAAAUGUAAACCUACUGCAUGAAAUUUUGAAAAUUUGUCCUCCAUUGGCCAUUGCUGGCACAUAUCGUCCCUCUAAUUUCCUCAAAAGGUAUCCUUUUAUUCAGUUCAAUUUAACAUAAAGUGAUUACUAUGUAUUAGAACCUACUACCCAAACUAUAUAGCAUUAAAUUUUUCAUUAUGUAAUAACCUCUUAUAUUUAUUUAUAAAAUAAUUUAUGAAAGAUACAUAUGGAAACAAUGUCAACUUUUCUUGGUAUUGGGUUCUAUGCCUUGAAAAAGAACACCAGGUUAGGAACUUCAGCUCAGGUUACUCCAGUUUUUCAAACUUCAGUUACUGGGUCUUCCGCCCACUUUCUCACUACCCACUUCACAGAGCAGUAGUGGAAACCAGGCAAUUAAAACAUCUGGAAUGUGGUGUGCACGUGAGUGCACCAGUCACUACAGAUUUUCACAUAAAAUUGAGAGUCACUAGCAUAUUCAAGCAAAGUUGACUGGUCCCUAGGCAACUUCCAAGAUGUGCAUAUUUGAUAUACCCCACUCGAGUUAAUAUUACUUUUAAGCCUUUCUUUCUAAGUGUCCUCUCUCAACAGCUAAGAUUUUGAGAUUACAACAUGAACAAGGGUAAUAUGCUGCAGACAGUUAGAAUCAAGGGCCAAAGGCUUAUGUGUGGCUAAGAACAGAAGUAGAACCUUAUGGGAAAAAAGCUGAGAUUUAUAACCAGUUUAGGAAUGCAAAAGACAGACAAAAACAGAGAGACAGGGCUACCCACUCAUGUAGAGAGCCCAGAGCAACCUGCUCCUCCUCACUGUGGGAGUGUAGACGCUGUGACAUAAAAGCCCUAAGGCAAUCUCAGCCUUUCACAAAGCUGGCAUCUCAGACUGAAAAAUGGGAGUCAACAGAACAAGCGCCCUGGAGCACACAGGCACCCCUCACUCCUGCCCUGUGUACCCUGACUGCCAUCAGCCAGGUCCAGAUGCUGUUCUAGAGACAGGGACUCUGCUCUCUUGGAAUACACUGUAGUAGAGGCAGACAAGCUGCCAACUGGGCAGAUGAUCAAGGAAACAGCCUGCUGUGAUGAAGCCGUAGAGCAGGGGGCAGCAUGCAAGGCUGGGGUCCUGUACUUCUUGGGUUCAGGUGUGCAAGCUACAGGAGUCACAGGGCAACUUGGCCACCCCCAACAGCCCCAGGGUUACACUUCCUGUGUGGAGGGAUGCAUGCUGAGACUCUACUGUGUUCUCAGGGACACCCUGGCAGUGGCAGAAUCUCUAGGAAGUCUGAAAGUCAGACUGACUGAUGGAUGCUUUAUUGUUAAAUUGGAAGAUGCUUUUACUUCAACUGUUUUUAUAAUUUAAAAGAUAGAAUGUCAAGCAUUGAAUUUGUUUAGCCUUGAAACUUCAUGCGCUGGAUAGCAAGUUUGAAUUCCACUAAAAAAAAAGUGAUGAAUGUCCUCUAGCAAAUACUCUUUACAAUAUAAUGUUAAAAACAACCAGAUGUACUGUUUGGCCUAGAAAUAUGCUCUAAUUACUAACACAUAUGUACUCUAAGGAAAUCCUGGCCUAGCCAUGGUCUGAAAACAUUCAUGGUGUGUCCACUUUGCACAUAUGUAAAAGGAAUGCUAACUAGAUUUUAAUUUUGAGGUCUGGCUUAUUGUAGGAGAGACUAUUUCAAAAAGCACUGAAGGUAUGAUAUGGUAAGACAUGUACAGCCUGGAAUGGUAAGGCAAUAAUUUAGGAGCCAGGACACAGGAGUGUCUGGCGUGGUCUCCACUGAUCAAUUUUGCAGUCAUUUUGCUCUUUUAGGACUAUUUGACUCAAACAUAAAACGUUUGGGACAGAUAAGUGGUCUCCAACACAGCUCAUCACAGGUUGGUGGCACCUGGGGUGGGAGUAACCCCAGGGGAUGUACACGCUCUCCCCUCAGCCCAAGCCGCUUCAGAAAGGUCUUGUUGCCCUGGCCUCCUUUUUCUCUGGGACCACUAAACAGGCACUCUAAAUCUCACACCAGUUUCUAGGACUCACAGAAGACAAUGCUGCCCACGCCCUGGUCCUCCCAGCCCCCUGCCCGGCUCUGCCUGUGUUCCUGAGCCCAGCUGGAGCCCAGGGACACUCUUCUCAGGUACAGGGGUCACCAUGGCGUGGGCACAGCCAGUCUCCUGUAUGCUAGGGCAGGAAGGUCUGGCUGGUGUGUCUGCCCUUUGUGCUCUAGAGCUUGGGCUGGGAUUGGCCCCCAGAGCUGCUCCGUGACAACCAGACCACUGACCUCUGACAGGGGACACCAGGAAGGCUGGCUGUAGAAUGCAUGCGGUGGCUGUGGCCCAGCGCUUCAAGGCAUAGGCAGGCUGGCAUCCUGUCUAUGCCAGGCCCUGCGGCUCCCCAUGGAGCAGAUAGGUCAGUGCUCUGCCAGGCUGGGGUACAGAGGAGGGUGCUGAGAGGCUGAGAGGACAGAUGGGGAGCGAAAAUGCUAAGCUGGGGUCUGUGCGGAUCCAUAGGCAAGGACAGGCACCAGGGUGUGUGAGGAGGGGCAAGGGAGCCCAGCCCUCCAGGUGGGCAGGCACCACCCUGGCAUAUCCAACUGUCCUGACCUCAGGGGCUUCCCGAUGUCCAGCUCUACACCCUGCUGCUGACAGAUCUGGCAUAUGAGUUAGGUUUGUACUGAUUAUUUCUUUGCAUAUGGGGUGUUGCAUGGCAGACAAGUAGGGGGUAUAUCUUGUUUCUCCUGAAGGUUGCUAAGCUUAGAAAAACAGAGACAAUUCAUUUAUUGGAUCUCUGUAUCUAUGCCCAAAGGAGACGCUAACUGUUGACCCCCCAGGCUAAACAUCACCCAGUAAGCUGACAUUGGUAUUAACACUACUCCUAAACAAAAGGGGAAGAAGGAAUAUUCAAAACCUAACCAUUUUUAAAUGAAAAUUGAGAAACUGAACUGAAAAAGAUUUCUAUAGGGCCAGAAAAUUAAGGAACAAUUUCUCUUCCUAACAUUCCCUGACAUGGGCACUGGAAAGCACAGAGUGUACUUUGUGAACAAUGAAGUUAUGCUUUGACAACUGGUAAUCAGUUUUCUAAGUCAUCAUUUUUAAACACCCUUUGAAUUACCAGGUUCACAGAUGCUGCCAUAGAAAAAUUAACUACUCAAAAUCCGCUGUUUAAGUGAAACCUCAAAGGGCUGGUAAAGCACUCUGUGAUGUCUCCCCCACCCUCUCCUUUAUGCAGAAGAUGGGUGGGUUUGCUUGCAAGAGAAGCACUCAGACAGUGAAGGAUAACUGAACUAUCCAACUCUCCACAGCUAUGGAUUCUGAUCCUCAGGCAACUUAAAAUUCAAGAACAUUCAAAGCACCCACAAACACAGUGAGGAGCUUCUGCCAGCUCUAACCUAUGUCAGAUGACUCCCGGGGCCCUUAAGCUCUUGAAGCUUAUGAAAAAUAAGGUCUGAUUCCUGUAGAAAGAAGACACAUAUGGUGAUUCUGAACUGGAAUCCUUACUGGCUGCAGACUUGACCAAGCUUAGAUCUGACUUUGUUUCCUCCCUAUGAGAUUAGGGGGAAUGACAUUCACCUCACAAAGGUGCAGGGACAGUCAGGUUAGGUAAUGUCCAUGGCUACUGGACACAGAUGAGGCGGGUGCCCAUUCCUUCACUGAUGUUAUCAGGAAACCAGCAGGCUGGAAGGUCUGAUGACUAGCUCAAGGCUACCAGGCUCUAACUAUAAUAGCUAUGAAUUAUUUAAGGAAAUGGAUUCUUUAGAGUGUGAAAUGCAGUGGGGAGAGCAGCGGACCAGCCUGCAUUCCCCAUGAAGGUCCAGGCCUGGGGGACCCUGCAGCCACACCAGUGACAAACCCUGGCCAGCAGCUUCUGACAUCGCUGCAGGCUCACACCCAAAGACAGCGCAGGGCGAGGCUGGGGGGAGCUCUGGGACCAGGGAGAAACUGGGUCUCUCAGAGUGGAAGCUAUUUCUAGUUAUAGACAUGGGAAUAGUGAAGAAGCAGAGUUUUUAGAAAAAAAUCUUCAUUACAGGGAAGAAAAGUCUGACUUAUAAAUGUGAUUCACUGUGGUUGUUCUAAAAAGAGAGAUACCGCAUUUAGCUUCAAGCUCAGUCAGAGAUGGCCCAUGAGUGGGCCUAGGGGUACUUGCCUUGGCCUCCCCUUCCGCAGCCAGGUGGCACGUGGGGGUAGAUGGCUCUCCCAGGGCAUAAGUGUUUCAUUACUACCCCUGAGGAACCUCAGCUUCAACUGCACUAAUCCAGCGAACCAGACUGUAACCAGUGUCAUCACAUGUUAGUAUAUAUUUGAUCCUGCGUGUCCUAAACAAUGCUUGGGCAUAUUCUAUAAUUUCUUACGUGUCUUUGCUUCUACAUAAAUAGGGAACUAUUGAGACAGUGAGCUCUGUUGGAAUUUGGUCUGUUCUAUGCUGUUAUUUGCAAAAAAGUGAAUGUUCCUACACAGUAAAUAGAGCUUGGUGAAUACACAACUAAAAAAUAAA